UGCAGUGUUGUGCUAACGUUGAAUCGUUUGAAAAUACUCGACAUCUGUCAACAGAUAGCCUAUCCUCGGUUACAGUCUAAAUCUUUCUUCACCGAUGCCCAUGAAAAGCUAGACACACGUGCGGAAAUGGACGAUGAACAAACAGGGGGAAGUGGACAAUCUAACCAGCGUGGUAAUUACUCCAGGCCUUUUUUCUAUGUCCAGCCACCUAAUCAACCUUACCACCACCAUCAACCUUACCACCACCAUCAACCUUACCACCAUUGGCAUUUGAACAAUCCAUAUUAUGGUCUGCCUCCAGUCCCAGGAUAUCCCUAUGCACGCCCAUACAUGCCCCCGUACCCAUACAUGCAGUUUCCGGGGUAUGUUGUACCACAGGCCCCAGUGCAUCCAGUCGAUUACAGACGGUUGUUUGAACCUCACAUUUACCCAAAUGCUGGACAGGAUGUCAGGUUUCGCCACCAACACCACCACCAGCAUCCGUCAUAUUUCCGCAGAGAGAUGGCCUGCUCGGAAGCUCAGACCGACCCAAGCGCUGCCCUCAACAAAAUCAUAGAAUCUCUGGAAAAACUCCGGGCCAGUGAGAUUGAGAAAGAGCUUGAUUCUGGUGUGGCCUCCCAAACCUCAGGCCUCUUUUCUCCAGGUCACAAGAAGCAACAAGAUGAGGAAGAGGAGGAGGAGGCUGCUGCUGCAGUGCCCGUACCUAUGUGUGCCACUUUGAAGGGCAACCAGUCAUCUCCGGCCAUGGCGUUCAGUGACACUGCCACAGCAAUGUACGAUGACAAGUCAGGCCAGAGCCUCUUGGAUGACUUGGCUCAUCCGAAGUGCUGGCCUCAAAACUCGGAUGAAGAGAUGCCCUUGGGCAGCUCAUCCAUUCACGGAGAGACCGACAAGCCCCAGCUCCAAGGGGAAGAGGACCAGCCUGUAUACCUUUGCCCUCACCGACCCCAAGACACAGAUAGGCAGUUAGAGAAUGGCAGUGCCAGCCCAGAUACUACCAGUAAGGCCAAAGGACCCCUGAAGCACAGCCAUGGUGCCAUCAUCUUGCCCCCCUUGUCGACCACUCGCAUAUCUGACUGGCAAGCGCUACAUGAGGACCACAUCUCAAAGCUUGAUUACCACCAACAAUCUACAGAUGGGAGGGAACUUGCCACCAUCGAUAUCGAUUUGACCAGUAAAAUCCUCAAGCUGCCCUUUGAAAAAAUCCUGACAGCUGAAGCUCUCCAGAAAGAAAGCCCUUUGCUGUGUGCCAAGUCCCAUGCCAUGCUCCCAUCCACUGGCAUCUUCUCGCCUGCUCACUCCUACUAUCCAGGCUACUGGCCCCCACCCUCCACACACGAGCGUAUGAGCAUCCUCAGCCCUUCCGUGGACGAGCUGUCCUCCAGGGAUGAGAUGUUCUCUACCGACCUUGAUGACAUGGAUCUGUUCCCCAAGCACGAGUACUCGAGCAAACGCCCCACUGAGGCCGUCGUCGGGUUACCAUCAACCUCAGAUGAGGUCGUGUGGCCCAAGAGGCUGUUGUGUGCCUGCUGCGGCAUGAGUCUGUCCAAGCGGACGAACAAGAGCAAAGGUCACUGCCCUCAGCCUUAUGACGACGAUGACGAGGAAGGAGAUUCUGAUGAGGAGCGCAUGUUCGGAAGAUGCAGUGAGCACCCGGCAAGGCAAGUGAUGAAAAAACAUUUAAAGAAGUCGCAUUCGUCGUCUCUUCGACAUGCAUCCAAAGAUGUGAGGGGCCACGGCCCAGACCUGCCUGGUACAGCGGACAAGCAGGAAGAACGAGAGGUGUUCGAGGGCCCAGAGUCAAGUGGACAAGACCCAGGCGGCCUGAGGCACAGAACCUACCAGGGUGACAAACUUGAUCAGAACAGGUGGGAGUGUCAAGAUGCUCAGCCUAAAAGGAAAAUGCCAGCUUUACCACAAAGACAUGAUAGACUGAGGCAGAGGAAGGCUACCUAUAAGCCACACCCAGUGUACCACGGGUCACGAGAAGAAGAAGAGAAGGGGGAGGACCCACCUCAAUGUCACAGGGUAAAAAGGAUUCCCCAAUAGAAGAGAUGGAAGAUGUUGAUUAAAAAGGAGAGAAUGAUCCAAGCACUUAGGUGAAAUGCGUACCGUGUAUUUAAGAAGGGGGCCUUAUAGUUUUUUUUCUUUUAUUAACUAUGAAGACAUAAUUCAGGUUCCUUAUACAGGUCCACUGUCACUUCAUGAAGUAUAUGGUUUAAUAAUCAUAUAUCUCCAACUCCCAGCAAAGGUUUGGUGGUGGUGUUGUUGAUUUAUUGUUCAGCCAAGUGUUAAGAAAGCAGUGCAACUAUUUCCAUGCCACACAAACUUGGUGCCCUUUUCACCCAAAACUGCUCUUCUGACAAUUUGUGUAUAAGUAAAUAUAAGUAUUUAGAUCAAAGUUUAAAUAUUUGGUUGAAGAUCUUUGUAUGUUACUUAAAUGUGACUGUUUAUACCUUGUUUGUGGGUUUUGUUAAAUGAUUCAUUUGUAAAUUCCACAUGUUCAGCAGACAAAGCUAUAAAAUAAAGAGAUGAUAGUUGUCUUAAAGUAUUCCUUGUUU